AUGAGGCGUUUGAUUCAAGCAAAAGAUCGCCCAUGGCUGGCCCUUCCCUACCAUCCCAAGCGAUCAGACAAGAGAUGUAGUUUCAUGAGCUUUCAGAGCGUCUCAAGCAACAAAAUUUACCAUCGUAAACUCCCUGGCGUUGGCGGAUCAAAGACCAUCUGUGGAUCGUCCGCAGGUUUUCUUGUUAUGUUUCAGUUACCGUCAGUCUCAACUUCGCUGCGGCCUAAAGAUUCCAUCGACACGCAAAACUACUUUGUUCAUAAGGCCGUGCUUUCUUCCCCUCCUGAUUGCAAUCCAUACGAUUACGUUCUCAUGGUUAUAUAUGGAGAGAAACGGGAACUCGCUUACUACGAGGCAAAGAGUCGAACUUGGACGAAGCUGCAAGAAGCUGGACGUUAUUAUGACGAUGUUAUCUUUCACAAGGGAGAAUUUUAUGCUGUGGAUGAGUACGGAAAACUGGUGGUUUGUCAGCCUUGUUCUCUUCCGAUCGUUUUGGAAAUUGCAAUGCCAUGGCUUCUUCGGGGGAGCAAGGUUUAUCUUGUCGGCAUGGAGGACUCAUUGUGCGUUGUUAUUAGAUUUUUGAAGGAUAACCCUAGCGUGGGCUAUGAAACUUACAAGUUUGAAGUACGCUUGCUGGAGCCAAACGAGCAAUGGACGCAUCUCGGAAGCAUUGAGGACUGGGCAUUCUUCUUAGGUCAGAACGAGUCAGCAGCACUACCAGUUGAAGAUUUCAAGGGAUUAAAAGAUGACCGCAUUUACUUCACGGACGACAAUUCGGACGCAUGCAAGUAUGGAGUCAUUGGUGGCCACGAUUCCGGGGUAUUUGACAUGGGAGAAGAGAGUUUCCAGCCCCUGGAAUACUGUCAGUGUCCACGACCAGUCUGGUUGACACCAGAAAAUAGACCUUCCGCAUGA